AUGGCAGCUAAGAAUGAACGCAUUGUCGUUAUUGGAGCGGGCAUCUUUGGCCUGGGAACUGCCCUGAGGCUGAAGGAGGAAGGUUAUCGCCUUGUGACCGUCCUCGAUCGAGCGAUGCCCCCUGUUCCCGAUGGAUCCAGUAACGACAUUUCCCGCGUGAUUCGAUUCGAUUACGGCGAUGAGGUAUACGCUCGCAUGGGCAAGGAGGCUUUCGACCUAUGGAAAACACCCGCAUACAAAGAGGCCUUCCAUCAAUCCGGAUGUCUUUGGGUGACUCAGAACGAGACCCCCGGACAGCCUAUACAGCCCGCCGCUGAGGAGUACAGUCGCAAAACCAGAGAGAUUCUGACCAAGAUGGGCGAGCCCUGGCACUCCGUUCCCACGGUGGAAGAUUGCAAGCGUGAAUUCCCUGAGCUUACCGGCCCGCUGGGCAACCCAGGCUUCUACUCCUUUUUCAACAACUCGGGCGGAUGGGCAGAUGCAGGUCUCGCAUCCGCUCGCGUGGCAGCUCGGUGUAUCGCGGCAGGUGUAUCAUUUAUCAGUGGCCCCGAUGGCCAAGUGACCGAUUUUGAGAAGAAGGCGGACGGCACCAUCGAAGCGGUCCGCACGAGCAGUGGCAACCGGAUCACAGGUGACAAGUUCAUCGUAGCAACUGGUGCCUGGACCGCCAGUCUGGUUCCCUCCUGGAACACCAUGGUCGCGGCCGCUCAGAUCGUCGGAUACAUGCGGCUCACCCCCGAGGAGAUGAUCCGGUUGAGGAACAUGCCCGUCUACUUUAACCUCUCCACCGGAUUCUUCUGCUUCCCUCCCCAUGACGGAACGAACAUCCUCAAGGUCGCCGUCCACAGCUACGGCUACACCCACUCGCAAGAUGGCAUUUCUGCGCCCCCGGCUGCCCCGCCAUCGGCCCGCGCCAACUUCAUCCCAGAUGAGGCCGUCGAGCGUCUGAACCUCGGUAUGAAGGAUCUCUUUCCAGACCUAGAGCCCAAGGGCUGGGAGCGGGUAGCGCUAUGCUGGUACAAUGAUACCCCGACCGGCGAUUUCAUCAUGGAUUAUCACCCAGAGCACAAGAACAUGUUCAUCGCCACGGGUGGUAGCGGACAUGCCUUUAAAUUCUUGCCCGUAAUCGGAAAGUACGUCGUUGGAUGCUUCGAAAAGAAGCUCUCGCAAGACUUGUUGCAGAAAUGGAAGUUCCCCACCGAGUACAAAGAGCGCUUCCAGUGCGACGUAUUCAAGGGGGACGGAAGUCGAGGAGGCCCUGAGAGGAGAGAGUUGACUCCUCAGGAACGGGAGAGAUUUGCUGGCGCGUUGGCCGCCGCUUCGACAAGGCAGAGUAAGAUCUAA